AUGUCAAAUCAAGCCGAUGACCACCCAACUCAAGAACCUUUUACUUCAACCGAAGUCACCCAGCAAAAUCACACAAGCUGGAUAGGAUACUUUCUCAUGCCAUUCGCAGCAUUAGGUGGAAUGGUCGAUCAGAUCAUUCGCAAAUUUACAAGAGCAAAUCACCAACAAGAAUUCUUGUAUCCAUUUGCUUAUUAA